GUGUCAGUUCCAUAAGCUCAGGCCGAGAUCCUAUCACAGUAAUGGGCUUUUAUCAGCAAACCCUUCAAAUCCAAGCCCAAUAGGUAAAGGCCAUACACUGAAGAUCCGACUGGUUGAUAACACGUGUCAACUAUGUAGGUCCAGUUCUAGAAGGAACUCAAUGGUUCUUCUCUGUCACCGCUGGUCGUUCCAGAAACAAGCGGAAAUUUGCCCGGGAGACGAUUAACCGAUCAAUAAAAGCAAAACAACCAAGAAAAAACCUGCUUCGCUUCCUCCAUAGCAGAACCGAAGAGGAAUUCGGAAAGGAGGAACUAUGUCGGCGGCGGCGGCGUUUUGGAAGUACUUCGAGGACGACGACGAGGAUCGGCCGGAGAAGCCUCGACGCUACGGUGUCACUGAAAUGCGAGGCCCGCAGUAUAACUUUCUCAGCCAGAACCUUCUGCAAGACAUCUUCGAAUCCACCGGGCAAUUUGUCGAUGGACUGAAGUUCUCCGGAGGCUCUCACAGCUUAAUGCCCAAGUCGUUUAUCAAGGAAGUGAUCGAUGUGGCUCAUCGGCACGAUGUGUAUGUUAGUACAGGGGAUUGGGCUGAACAUCUGCUUCGUCAAGGUCCAUCUGCUUUCAAAGAUUAUGUAGAGGAAUGUAAGAACAUGGGGUUUGAUACGAUUGAGCUGAAUGUGGAGUCACUGGGAGUUCCUGAAGACACGCUCCUGCGAUAUGUGCGUCUGAUCAAGAGCGGUGGGCUGAAAGCUAAACCCCAAUUCGCCAUCAUGUUUAACAAGUCUGAUGUCCCAUCUGGUAGGAAUAGAGCAUUUGGAGCUUAUGUGCCACCAGCACCUCGUUCAUCUGAAAUGGUUGAGGAUGUCAAUCUUCUAAUUAGAAGGGCUGAGAGAUGCUUGCAAGCUGGAGCCGAUAUGAUAAUGAUUGACGCUGAUGAUCUCUCCAAGGAUGCUGAUUCUCUAAGGGCAGAUGUAAUUGCUAAGAUCAUUGGCCGUUUGGGCAUUGAGAAGACCAUGUUCGAAGCAUCGAAUCCCAGAACUUCAGAGUGGUUUGUCAAGCGUUAUGGUCCCAAGGUAUGA